UGGAUAUUUAAUCUGCGGAGGGCGCACUAACGGCCACAGCGCGCUGCAGCCCGCUCGCCUCUGCGCUCACUUCCACCAGGCAGUUUCCCACAAAAGCCGGCUAAAGUUUCACACAAAGUCACCUUUACUCUGAAACUUUUCUGGAACGUCUACAGAAUCAGCAGUGGAGUACUUUAUUGUUUGUGUGGCACGCUGUUUCGGCAGUUUGUGGACUUAAGGCAGAACCGGAAGUGACCAGGUAGAAUACACCUGUUCAGGAAAGAGGCAGCAACCACCAUGAGUAGGAUUUGAAGCAGGAACAUAUGAACCUUCACAUUGUUCGCAAUAAUUUGGAAUAGUCGAGUUUAAGUGUUAACCAACAUGUGUUUGGGGAACAGUUUCUCAGCUCGAUAAUCUUUACGUGUUGCUUUCACCAAGCCUCGUCUGCCAGGUAAGCUGAAAAGAGUUGUGAUCUUCAGACUGCGAUGGGGAAUCAGGUGGAAAAACUGACCCAUUUAAGUUACGACGAAGUUCCCACAGUCGACCCGAACGGCUACGAGGAUGACGACGGUCCGCGGAUCGGAGUCUCGUACAUUUUCUCCAACGACGACGACGAGGAAGAGGAGCACACUGCCGAGAGAGGCGACGAAGAAGAGUUCGACAGCCUGCGCGAAAUGGAGUGCGCGGUGUAUUACCGCGACGAGUGUGUUUACGAGAGGAAGGGCACAGAAGCCGAAUCGCUCCAGUCGUGUGAGAACUUGCUGAACAGAUGCAAACCCGGCGACUUGGUCGAGUUCGUGGCGGCGGGUCAGUAUCCCCACUGGGCGGUUUAUACAGGAGACUUUCAGGUGGUGCACUUGCACAGGGGGGAGGUUACAGCGGACCACCUCUCCGACGCCGGACAGGGCAAACGGGGCCGAAUCGUCAACGACUUGUACAAAUUCCGUGCCUUGAAUCCGGAUGUAGUGGUGAAGAACGCGCUCGAUCAGCUCGGGCUGAAGGACAGCAGUGUGUGCUGGAGGAACUCGGAGUGCUUUGCUGCAUGGUGCAGGUUUGGUAAACGUGAAUUUAAAACGGGUGGAGAGCUGCGCAUCGGCAAGCAGCCUUACAGGAUGAAAUUACAGCUCUCUGAAAAGAGGAGCCACGACCUGGAGUUUCAGAGUCUGGAGGAUUUGAUCAUGGAAAAGCGCAGGAAUGAUCAGAUCGGGCGAGAUGCUGUGAUCCGAGAAUUGGCAAAUCAUCUAAACUCUAGUGAAGAGGUCAACAGCGACUGCAGCUGUGAUUGAUGAGUAAAAUACCUUUUAUACAGACAACUUUACACAGAUGACCAAGCUUUAAAACAUCUGCGAACAGUUAAUCCCAAAAUUAAAACCAUGUCUCAUGGUCUCAUGAUUGCAAUGUCCUGUAGAUUUCACACAUGGCAUCUUGUAUAAAAAGUUUUUCAUGGUUAAGGUAAUGGAUUCUGCAUGUGUUCGGGUUGGCUGUUUAGUAGAGGUAAGAGAGAAGUUAGAACAGGAGCAAUAUGAGCAACUUUUAUAAAUCCGAUAUUGUUUUUACAAUGAUAAAGCUACUUUAUUCACUUACGGUGGCAGUGAUGUUCUCUCCCCUGCCCUGAAAUGGUACACCAAAGUUAACGGUUCCUGGGAGGUCUGGCAAUGUCUGAGUCCUAAAUUUAUCAGCUUGUUUUACGUGUUGGUCUUAUCUGUGUGAGCACAGCCACAGCAUGGCACAUUUCAGUGGAUAAAUAAAACAUUUGUUUACAUUCACUACAUUACUGCAUUAAUUAUAGUUCCUCAAGAUCAGUGAGUAUAAGUACCAUACAUGAUUACACAUUAACCGUCUUUAUAUAACACAGCAUAACGUGUAUUACAAUAACAGCAUUGUAUUUUGUUUUAUGAUUAGUUUGUUGUGAAAUCAAAACCAAACCGUACUUUCAGGUGAAGAGACACUACAUGUAAGCUCCCUGUUACUUCCUCUGCCAUGGCUUUUCAAUAACCUAUGUCCUUUUUUUUUUUUUUUUUACCAUGGAAAUAAAUAAUAUUUUAAAUAACUGUUUUGUGAGUGGUACAGAAAUAUAUUACAUACUUAGAAGUUUCAAGCUUCACCUGAAUCAUGUACACAAUAUUCACAUGAAAUUUUAAACAUUAAACCAUGCACAGUCAUUAUGGGUAUUUGUUGGAUUGACGCACAAUUGAAAUGUGUCUUGUUACACCAGGAAGAAGUGUUAUGAAGCAGCCACCCUUUUAUAUGAUGAGUAGCAUUGUGAGCAUUCUCUAAAGCAGGGCUUCUAAAACAUUUUGCAGCUCGGGACGCUGUUAACUGUUAAAAAUCAACUCAUCAAACAUCAGUUUUGUUUUUUUUUGAUAAGCCAGCUAUUCAAAUUAGACUCUUUAUUUGAAUGUGCACAGUAAUAUUUUGGCCAUUUGUUGGAGCCAUAGAGUUUUAUGUUCAUUAACUUUCUACUGACAGAACACAAAUUAUAUUAAAAUUGUAAUUAGAUUUCAGUUGUCACUGAUAUCCCUGCUUGUUUUUUGAGUUAUUUAAUUUUUAAAUUAAUAUUAUUUAAUUUGAGUGAACAGUCAAACAUGCUAAUGCAUAAACACUCAUUGUCCAGUUUAUCAGGAACACCUGUACAGCUACAGUUUUUCUAAUCAGCCAAUCAUGUGGCAGCAGCGCAUGCAGUUAUCCAAUCGGCUUAUCAUGUGGUAGAAGCCCAAUGCAAAAAAAUCAUGCAGGAUACAGGUCAACAGCUUCAGUUAGUGUUUACAUCAAACAUCGGAAUGGGGAAAAAGUGGGAUCUCUGUGACUUUGAUCAUGAGAGAUCAGAGGAGAAUGCCCAGACUGGUUUGAGUUGACAGGAAGUCUGUAGUAACACAAAUAAUCUUUACUACCAUAGUGAGCAGAAAAGAAUUUCCGAAUACACAACACAUCCAACCUUGAGGUGGAUGGGCUACAACAGCAGAAGACCACAUCAGAUUCCUGUCAGC